AGUUCAAAUAACCCAUCUAUCAGACGGAGAAAAAAAACGACGUCUGCAAAAUUGAUUUUUCUCUUUUUUUUUCUUUUUUUUUAUAAAUUUCAAUAGGUCUCACUCUUCUAAAUAAUCAACAUUUCAUCGAUAAAGCAACAACAGACUCUUGUUCCUCUUUCAUCUCUCUUCUUUCUCUUUCUGAAAUCGAUGCUUAAUUCUUCAUAAAUUGAGGAUCAUAAUUAGUGAAUACAUGGCUAGCUUUUCAUGUACAGGGCAGCACAAGCAAGCUAAACCCUAAAAUCUACGAAGCCAGCAACACGUUAAGCAGAGAGCUAAGAAUCUAUUCUACGCACCAAGAGAUCGCAGAAGGUAUGGAGGUGAACGCCGAAGCUGUGAGGCUUGCUAUCGAGAGAAACAGAGCUUCAAUUUCUCUGGAUCAAGCCAUGACCAGCCAUGGAUACAUGUCGCUGCAGGAUAUAAUAGUGGGACCGGAAGAGUUGAAUCCGGAAGCGAUGAUGAAGAAGGAGAUGGUGAGAGAAGAGAUAGGGAAGCUUGUAGAGGCGUUGGGGGAGAGAGAGGUGCACAUCCUGAGGCUGUACUACGGGUUGGGUGGGGAGUCGGUGUGGUCGUUUGAGGAGAUAAGAAGAUUAUUGAAGCUGUCGAGGGAGAGAGUGAGGCAGAUCAAUUUUGCUGCAUUGGCCAAGUUGAGACAGGAAGAUCAUCUCAACUAUUUCAUUUAGUAUAUAUGUAUACAAAUUCAAGAUUGUAAUUCAUCAUCAUACACUCGAUGCCUAUCUAAAAUAUGUUUCUAUGCUAGCUUCGAGUUUGCAAGAA